CAUCGAGAGCCAUCCUGUAGGUCACGCAUCCUUUGUCAAAUUCGAAGUUUCGUCUCUUGCCGAAAUCCCCACCACUAAAUCGCAAUCAUCAUGUUAGAAGACGUACUCGCGGAUGGGCUUCAAGCACUUUUGCUUCGUCUUUUAGUAUACAUGCCGAUAGGUAUUUUGGUCGUAUGGAUAUUUCAUCUCAUAAAACCUGCUCUUGUGGCUGCUCUGUCGCCAGAAUACCGUGAUUUUAAUUGGGUGGAUGGGAAAAGAGGAAUAUGGUCAUUUCUCAAAUCUACAUGGAAUGUUGCAUUCAAGUCUGAAGAACUGUUCGCGGACAUCCAUCGCAAGAUUCGCGCUGCUACUCAUGGAAAAAUCAACUUGGUGCCAAUUCCUCAUUGCAGCACAGGGUUCAUGCUCAUGGUUCCAAAAGCACUGCUCAAUGAAUAUGUUCGUCAGCCAGAGAACGAUAUCUCUCUCAAGAGAUACACUUUACAAGCUCUUGUACCAGACUACACGACACUCGGCGCCCACAUCGUGAUACACUCAGUGUACAGAAAUGUCGUGCACAAAGAACUCUACCAAAAGCUUGCAGACAAGAUGGGGAUGGUGAACGAGGAAAUGGCUACGUCAAUCAGAGAGGUCAUUGAAUCACAAGUUGGACCGAAAGAUGAAGCCAAGAUCAAUAUGUGGGAUACCAACAACCAACUUCUGAGCCGGUCUGCAAAUCGUGUAAUUUCUGGAUACCCUCUUUGCCGGAACAAAGAGUAUCAAGAUGCGACUGCAGCGUAUGCAGCUACAUUUUUCGCGUCAGCAUUGUAUGCAAGAUUCAUACCCAGAUUGCUACGUCCUUUGCUCUUGCCUCUGGUAUGCCGACCAUUGAUAAGACAUAUUCAGACUGCUGCCAAGCAUGCAGUUCCGGUUAUCAAAGAACGAAUGGUGAUUGUUGAUGCUGCUGAAGAGAAAGGAGCCGAGCCAAAUCUGCCAAACGAUAUGUUGAGUGCGAUCAUCGUGGCUGCGAAACGAGACAGCAAUGCGGAAGCCGAAUACGAUCCACUGGUAAUCGUAGCUAGAGUAAUGGUUCUGAACUUCGUCCAGUCCUACACGAACCUUGUGACGAUGACCAACUUGGUGUACGACCUUAUCUCUCUCCCAGAAGGCGACUUCGAGAGGAUGAUUGCGGACCUGCGAGCAGAAAUUAACACUGAAAUGAGCAGAGGCGAUGGCUUCUCGCACAACUUUUUCCAAAGACUGGACCUCAUGGACUCUUUCAUCCGCGAGAGUAUUCGAUACAACCCGAUAGGCGAGACUGGACUUGAAAGAAUUGUUGGCAAGUCAGGAGGAUUCACUUUCUCUGAUGGCACGCAUGUUCCUCAAGGAGCUCUACUUGCUGCUCCGAUUAAAGCUUACCAGCGUGACGAGAAAGCUUACCCAGGCGGAUUCAAUCCACGCCGUUCGAUGGAGGACUCUGAACAUCCGAAGGUCACUGACAUUUCACCUGCAUUCCUCAACUUUGGUCUGGGCCGAGCGGCAUGCCCAGGGCGAUGGUUUACGAGCAAUUUGCUGAAGUUGGUAUUGACACGGUUACUGUUGGAUUAUGAUUUUGUGAGACUACCCGAGCGGCCGAAAAUCGUUCGAAAAGUGACUCUGGAUGAGCCGUGCGGACGGUUCCUUAUUACUUUGAAGAAAAGAGAUAUCAAGUCAGCAUCUAUGUAGCAAAUAUUAGAGGCAUUAAAAUGCCAGUAAAUCGAAGAAAAUUUGUUCAAAUGUGAAUCAUCA